CUAACAGUACUAGUAACUGUAAGCUUACAAUCACCCACCAUGCAUGAGAUCUGUGUCCAAGCCGAGAUGCCAGUGCAUCCCGACGACCCAAGUCAUGUGCCCGAGCACCAAGUGGAGCGUCUCGCGACAUUCGCGCACGUGAUGAAGGACAAGGGCCUGGACGUCGAGUUGAUUCGCGUUGGGAAUGACAAAACCACCACCCUCACUCACACGUACCUGCUCUUGCUCGGGAUCGCAGCGGCAUCCGUCGAAGAACGGAUUGUGGCGUCCUUACCCGACGAGUACAAGUUUGUGCAUGCACUUCCUGGGUCAGCUCGUACGCAGCAAGUCAUCUUGGCGACAUUGCGCGAAGCGACCGUCGACGACAACUUGUACCUGGGCGACGAGAACCUCGAGCUGGCGUUCCACGCCCACGAAAAGUUGUUUCCGCAGCUCCAAGCACAUCUCAAGGUAUCGCUGUUUCCACUGCACAACGAAGACGCCCGCCAUCGCUUGAUUCAAAAGUGGCACGCGACGCCGUUGUAUGCGAUCCCGUUCGAGUCGAUCCAUGCGUACUUUGGUCCCGAGCUGUCCAUGUAUUUCGUCUGGCUCGACUUUUACACUCGGUUUCUGAUCAUUCCAAGUGUCUGUGGCGUGGCGCUGUUUGCGAUGGAGUACUGCGGCGUGGCCACUUCUGCCUACAUGUGGCCGUACACGAUCGUCUUCUCCAUCAGCACAUCCGUCUUUGUCGAUGCUUGGAAGAAAACCCAGCGCGCCACCGAGUUCAACUGGCAGUACAUGCCCAUCGAAGACACGUAUGCCGAGCCAAGACCGGCGUUCAUUGGCGAGUGGAUGCAAGAUGCGAUCACGGGCGAGUUGGUAUUUGACACACCGCAUUGGAAACGCAUGACCACUCGACUGUGUGUGACGCUGCCCCUGGUGCUGGGCAUGUGCUUGUGUGUGCUGCUGUAUGUCCUGGGUCUAGAGCUAUUUUACGACAACAAUCGCGUUUGGUUUCCCAUGUGUUAUGACCGCCAGGAUGACAACGACACUGCCAUGUGUGGAUUGAUCCUCCAAGGCCCGAGUGUGCUCAAUGCAAUCUUGAUUGAAGUGAUGGACUUGCUGUACCUGCGGCUAGCUCGUUGGCUCACGACCAUGGAAAACUACCGCACGGUGGCCGAGCACGACAACCACUUGAUCAUAAAACGCAUGCCGUUUCACUUUAUCAACAUCAACGCGUCACUGCUGUACUUGGCAUUUGUGGCGCAGGACAUGGAGCGGCUGCGGCGGCGACUGUGGAUCCUCAUGGUGGGCAUGCAGUGCCUGGACAAUAUCAAGGAAGUGGCCAUGCCGUACUUGAUGGUAUGGAUGCACGGCGGCGGUUUGCACCCAGGGCAUGCGAACGACCACGUUCACUCAACCAAGGCUGAGCGCGUGGAGCACAUUCUAAUGCAAAAGCAGCAAAGUCGAUACGCCGACACGUUUACUGACUUCAAGGUGACUGAGACAAGCUAUACCGUCAUGUCCUGAUACAACGUAUGUACAUAGGAAAUGAUGGUGCAAUAUGGCUAUGUGACGCUGUACGCGCCCGUGUUUCCCCUCGCACCUCUGUUUGCCCUCUUGAAUAACGUCAUCGAAGCCCGAUCCGACUUGUUCAAACUCGUCAAUGUGUACGGUAUGCAGCGACCAUAUGCCAAGCAUGUGCACGGUAUCGGUGUAUGGGAGCGCGUGCUGUUUAUGAUCUCGGUCGUGGCGGUACUGGUCAACUGCGGACUCUUGGGGGUGUACGAACUGCCCAAACUAGCUCCAACCUUGUCGGACGUGCACAAGUGCUGUGUGGUUGUGGUAAGAAUACUGUACAAUUGGUUACAGAGGCGGAUUGGGGCGGUUUUGAUGAUGAUAUGUCAUGGCUAUUUGUACGUACGUAGCUGCUGGAACAUGUCGUGCUACUCGUGAAAUUGUGUGUCAGUUGGUCCAGCAAGGACGUGCCGGCGUGGUCAGCUGUGGACAACCGACGCCAGUAUUUGAACUUGCAGGCCGUGCACUUGAAACAAGCGCUUCAAAAGGCUGCCUAACGUUAAUACACUGAAGAUAUCAUACUAUGUGUAUUCUUUGCUUGGUGGUCUACAGUUGUGGUAAGAAGGCGUGG